AUCACAACAAGGGUGAGUCGCUUAACGCAAACGGUUUUCUGUCUGCAAAAACCGGAAUGACAAAAAUUUUAAUGUGCUUUCUGUUGUGCCGUUGAUCCAGAUAUUGUGUCUAGAAGUCUGAUUGGUGCCGGAGCGCUACUGCCAUGUGCGUUAAGGUGCGAUUGACACAUUAUUCCAAGCGACCGCCACUUGGAUUUGAUUCGGCACACUUUCAUAAUGUGCCGUUCGAUUCCUAUUUAGUAGCUAAAACCCCUAUAAGUAACUAAAAACGCUUAUAUGAACCAAAAAGUAUUGUAGUUUAUAGCGAAAUAGUGCAAGGAUGCAAACAUCAAUCGAAUAUUUACCAGUGGAGAUGCUGGAACAAAUAUUCUCCUAUUUAGAACUAGAGGAUCGCAAAUCGGUCAGCAGAGUUUGCCGCUUGUGGGCCAAGCUUGUGUUUCGUAAAUCGAACGUUCAGCUAGCGCUCGAUUUUCGGGCCCCAUCAAAACUGGAUAGUUCGGAAAGUUUUCGAGUGCUGAUGGCAAGCCAACGGCGCUAUAAACACCUUCUACUCUACUUCGGAACUAAGCAUGACAAAUCUGACUUGAUGUUGGCCAUACUGUGCAAGUUUGCGGAAUCAUUGGAAACACUGAAGCUGAUAUCGGACUGCACGUUUUUUUUACGGUUGGAUUUUUUUCGCCGAAUUGUAGAUCGGUGUCAGAGACUUACUACCCUACAUCUACAGUCGGUGAUAUUCAAUCACCAUAAAGCCGACGACCUACGUUUCGGUGUUCUUCCGAAACUAGAACGGUUUUACCUCAAGAGCAAUCUGCUUGAGCUGGCCGAAGUGGAUGUUGCAAAAAUUACACCCAACAUUACCAGUUUGUUCAUUCGAGUCAAUUACACUUCUCAGCGGCCAGUAGAUUUUGUCCGUUGCUUCGCCUCACAGUUGACGCAACUGGGUAUUUGCUUCCAAACAGCCGAUUAUUUUCGGCAAUUUUCAAGACUGCAUUUUCCUCGGUUGGAAAAAUUUGAUUUAUCAUCAGCAGAAGAAUUGGUUGACGAAGGCGAAUACGAGCACGAGUAUCUUGAUCUUAUACGGCGGCUAGACAAAUUGAAACAAAUUAAGCUACAGAACACAGUCAAUACAGUUGUACUGAUAACUUUGACGCAGUGUUGUCUCCAUCUGCAGGAUCUCUGUCUGAACACUGAUGAUUUGACUGAUGAACACUUUCUGUGUUUCGGUGAACUCAAGUGCCUAAAGAAUCUACGACUAAUAAAGGCAGCUAUCGAUAUCACACAACCGGAGAUUUAUCCUGUUUUGCCGGGCGUUGGACGUCUUACGAUUGAGGCUGUCAAGAUAAAAAACUACAACAAAUUCAAUUAUUUUCUGCGUCAUUCAUUUCCCAGACUGGUUUCGUUGCAACUAUUACAACUGUUCAGCCCUGUCCGCUUUAAAUGUGAUAUGAUUUCGAUUUACCAUCAAAUUUUGAACAAUCUGAUUUCUCUCGAACGAUUGGCAUUGCAUGAAAAGGGAAAACUACACUGCGAAUUUUUCUCCGCCUUCGCCACACUAAUAGGGCUACGAGAGCUGCAACUUCGAUUCCGUGGGUUGGGUGAAUACCGGUAUUCGACCGACAUGGCCGAUUUUCAAGUCCGUUCCCUGUUGGUGGAUUUCAGACAAGUGAGUGUCGUAUUCUGCACCUUUUCUCACAACACUCGUUCACAGAAUGAAUCGAAAUUUUCUUGUCCUUCAUCAUUUAACAUUGUCCCAACGGAUUAUCAACAAAUCCGUAUCCAUACCAACGACGCCUAAUUGUUUAUCGGAAACAUAAACGGUUACCAUGGUAAAGCCAAAAUCGGUUUCAGUGGUACCAGUUUCAUAACCAUUUUAUACAAAUAUAUUGUCACUCAAAUAUUGUACUGAAUUAUAAUUGUAUAACAUUCUCAUUCAUUUAUCUUAUGUCGUUUUCGUUUUUAAACUGCACUACACCGGUGGAGUGCUACACCAUGGCAUGAAUAAACGAACAAAAAUGAUGAAAACAUAAACAGUAACCAUUGACUACAAUAAACGAUUCCAUUGCACAGAGCUACACCAAACUUUUGAUGAGUGCUACACUAGUGGUAUCGGUGCAGAAAAAGUGUAGCACUGGUGUAGUGCAAUUGGUAAAAACGAACGGUUUCAGUGCAGCUUUCGCUACACCUGUGUAGUGCAAUUUAAAAACGAAAACGACAUUAAUAACAAAAUCAAUAAACCAGAGAGCAUACAAUACAGAGUUAGAGUAUAUUACAAUUUUUACUCUAUCGUUAUAAAAUGUAUUGAAUAUGACAUGUUUUUUUCUGUACAAUUUACCUCAUUAAUUAAAUCUACCCAAAAUCAACUAUAGUGUAUUUCCCCAAUUUUGGGUAACGAGUGAUGACCUCAAAAUUUAGGUAAAUGUAAGUUUAGUACAAGUAUUAUGCCAUAACAAAGCACACUAUGUAUUUUUUACCAAUCAACUCCAAGUUUGAGCAGAAACUACCUAAUUUUGGGUAGCGUAUAGAUGAGCUCGAUAAUGAGUGAUAUCUCCUCAAAGUAGGUAGAAAUGAUUUUCAGUGUACAUCUCAUGAUCCACAUUGUGGAUUCUGCUCGUU